GAACGAGUCAGCAACGCCACCGCCGCAGCGACCCGCUGCAGACACUUUGCAGGGAGCAAAGCUCGCGAGAACGGCCACCCAGGUGAGAUUCCCGAGCGAGGAGGCGGGGCCGGAAGAGCAGGAAGUCCCUCCCAGGCGCGUCGCCUCAGUGGCGUGCUCCUCGCGAGAGCGCCGAGGGCUGGCUCUCCGGAAGCGCGUUCGGAGUCGGCGGUGCCGCGCGUCGGCCUCGUCGGCCGCCGUAGCCCCUGCUAGACCAGCCCGUGCGAACCUGCUGGAAGAGGAAGAGAAAGGCAGAGAGAGUCGGAUUACAAGAUGGCGGGUCUGUGGUAGCGACCGCGGCGGCGGCGGCGACAGCGGGAGAGCGAGCGAGACCCGGGGAGCGAAGGGAAGGGGGGUGGGUGUGCGCAGGGGGGACGGGAGGGGCGGCGGAGACCACGAGCAGAGGGCUCUCGGCGGCUCUCGUCACCCCUCCCCACGGCUGAGCCUCUGGAGCCAUGGUAAACGCGGGCCUCUCGGGCGCCGCUGCCGCCGCCGCGGCCGCCGCGACCGGCUCUCAGGAGUGAGGAGCGCCGGCGGGGCGAGCGAGGAGGCGGCGGCGGGGGCGGCGGGGCCGGCAGCCACCAUGUCGGAUACACGGCGGCGAGUGAAGGUCUACACCCUGAACGAAGACCGGCAGUGGGACGACCGAGGCACCGGGCACGUCUCCUCCACUUACGUCGAGGAGCUCAAAGGGAUGUCGCUGCUGGUUCGUGCGGAGUCCGACGGAUCUCUACUCUUGGAGUCAAAGAUAAAUCCAAACACUGCGUAUCAAAAACAGCAGGAUACUUUAAUUGUUUGGUCAGAAGCUGAAAACUAUGAUCUGGCUCUAAGUUUUCAAGAAAAAGCUGGCUGUGAUGAGAUUUGGGAAAAAAUUUGUCAAGUUCAAGGUAAGGAUCCAUCAGUAGAAGUCACACAGGACCUCAUUGAUGAAUCAGAAGAAGAGCGGUUUGAAGAAAUGCCAGAAACUAGUCAUCUAAUUGACCUGCCCACAUGUGAACUCAGUAAACUUGAAGAGAUUGCUGACUUAGUUACCUCAGUUCUUUCCUCACCUAUCCGUAGGGAAAAGCUGGCUCUGGCCUUGGAAAAUGAAGGCUAUAUCAAAAAACUGCUGCAGCUGUUCCAAGCUUGUGAGAACCUAGAAAACACUGAAGGCUUACACCAUUUGUAUGAAAUUAUUAGAGGAAUCUUAUUCCUAAAUAAGGCAACUCUUUUUGAGGUAAUGUUUUCUGAUGAGUGUAUCAUGGAUGUCGUGGGAUGCCUUGAAUAUGAUCCUGCUUUGGCCCAGCCAAAAAGACAUAGAGAAUUCUUGACCAAAACUGCAAAGUUUAAGGAAGUUAUUCCAAUCACAGACUCAGAGCUAAGGCAGAAGAUACAUCAGACUUACAGGGUACAGUACAUUCAGGACAUCAUUCUGCCAACACCAUCUGUUUUUGAGGAGAAUUUCCUUUCUACUCUGACAUCUUUCAUUUUCUUCAAUAAAGUUGAAAUAGUCAGCAUGCUGCAGGAAGAUGAGAAGUUUUUGUCUGAAGUUUUUGCACAAUUAACAGAUGAGGCCACAGAUGAUGAUAAACGGCGUGAGUUG